AUGUGGCAAUCUCGAUGUAUACAAGAAAUCAAAAUGCAUGUUAAUGAGCAACUUCACAUUCUUAGAUGUGAUUAUGAUCGUCAACGACGUUUUUUUGAUGAGAAACGUAAUGAAAAUCUUCAUACAGCAAGUUUUUUUUAUAAAUCAAAACAAACUACUGAAUUUAAUGAACUACGUAAUGCUUGUCAGUUAUUGCAGUUUCAAGUGGCACAACUCACAUAUGUGCGCAAAGAACUAGAUCGUCCUGAAGUAAUUACUGGCAAAGAACAGUUAAAUUCACAUCUAUUUCCAUCUGAAAAUGGUCGAAGAAGAUUGACGAUUGGAGACGAUGGCAUAACGGCAAACAGUGAAUAUAACAUCGUAGAAUCAUCUUAUAAACGAUCAUCAUUCAUUCCGACUGAAAUGCAUCAAAAGCCAUCAGUUGCUUCAUCUUUGAUCGUAAAUGAUACACAAGUUCAUCAUACGAAUAGUAAUCAGCUUAUUAGUAAAUGUCCUAUAUGUUAUAUGAUAUUUCCAUCAAAUAUGAGCUAUCAUAAUCGGCAUCAACAUAUCAAUGAACAUAUGAUAGAUGAUCAAGAUAACAAUGAAUGGGAAGAAGCAACGAAUCAAAUAGACAAAUGGUGCACUGAGAACACUGAAAAAAUUACUAAUCAUGCGAAUCAACAAAAACACCUUCUUAACGAUGCUUAUAACCAGCAGAAACUUCUUUUUAGAGAACAACGUAAUGAAAAUCUUGAAACUGCUAAUAUUUAUCAUACUGCAAAACAAGAUGAUCUGUUUAACGAGUUACUUGAAGCAUGUCAAUCAUUAAAAUAUCAAAUAGCUACAUUUAGAUAUCCAAAGUAUGAAACAGUGUAUCUAGAAGUCAUAAGCACUGCUAGAGAUGCAGCUAGGCGUCGAAGAAGAAUGAAAAAGAUUGCUGAUGACAAGGUAGAAAUAAAUAACGAUAUAAAAACUUCCAACUCUGAACAAACAAACGAACAACAGUCAUCAAAAGCAGAAUCUAAGACUAUGAGUGAUAAAUGUCCUAUGUGUUUUAUGAUCUUUCCAAUAAGUAUGACGUAUGAUGAUCGUCAACAACAUGCCAAUGAGCAUAUGGAAUGA